ACUAACGUCUCUAGAGCCUCCGACUCUGCCAGUGCCUUAAAAUAUUAUAAACAAAAAAAUGGGUUUUGGUAUGGACCCAUAUAACGGGCUCCAAUUAGGUUGUCUUUACUCUUUAAUUUUGGCGUUUCUUCACCCCCCUUAGCAUCACCCACACCCACACUCCUUUUCACACUCUCUGUCUCUGAGCUGCUUACCAAGCAUCACUUCUCUCUCUCUCUCUCUCUCACUCUAAUACUCAAGCUCCAAAGUUUCAAACCCUAGAUUUUUUUCCAGUAAAUUCAUCUACCAGAGAAAAGCCUCAUCAAAAACCCUAACCAAAGAUCCGAUCUUUUAUCAAUAGGAAUUUCCUACAUUUAUUCAGCUAUGCAGCUCUAAGUUCCAUAUAACACGAUAAAAUGGCGAACAUUGAUCUCCCCAAAAGACCUAGACCAGGGCCAUGGCCACCAGUUCAAGAACCAACAACAAUGCCAGCAUCAACAUCAUGGGCUAAGAAAACUGGAUUCAAACCAAAACUGUCUGGAGAAACAAAUGUGAGUAACAAUUCAGGUCAGAUUCUUCUUCCUGAACUUGUACCACCUAAACCUGUUAAACCUAGUGAAGUUCAAGUGGAUCUUGAAUCUGGCCGUAGACAACCUAUUCCGGUUGCAAGUGGCGAACCCUCGGCAGCUAAAACCACGCCCACUACUGCAACUACGACUACUUCUUUGGAUAAGGAUCAGAAUGUACCGAAGAAGAGGAAAGAACCAGAAGUGGUAGUAGUGCCAAAGAGUAGUAGUGUUCCGCUACCAAAUGGGCAACAAGUUCGGGUUGAAAACCCGGUAAUUCAUCCCAAACCACCUAUUCGAGAGGAGAAUGUGGUUAAUGUAUUACCUCAAUUAAGGGAUGAUGACGACGACGACGACGGUUAUGGUAAUCGUAUAUCUCAUAUGAAAUAUGAACUUAGAGAUAGUCCUGGUCUUGUUCCAAUUGGUUUUUAUGGACUCCAGCAUUAUAUUUCGAUAUUGGGUUCGUUAAUACUUAUCCCACUCGUGAUAGUUCCAGCAAUGGGUGGCGACCAUGAAGAUACAGCUAUGGUGGUGUCAACAGUAUUAUUUGUAUCCGGAGUUACUACAUUAUUGCAUACAUUUUUUGGAUCAAGAUUGCCAUUAAUACAGGGCCCAUCUUUUGUUUUUCUCGCUCCGGCAUUGGCUAUAAUUAACUCCCCUGAGUUCCAAGGAUUAAAUGGGAAUAAUUUUAAGCGUGUCAUGAAGGAGCUACAGGGGGCAAUAAUUAUAUCGUCAGCAUUUCAAACUAUAUUGGGUUACAGUGGACUAAUGUCAAUCUUCUUGCGUUUGAUCAAUCCUGUUGUUGUAUCCCCGACAAUAGCAGCUGUCGGACUCUCUUUCUACAGUUAUGGUUUUCCACAAGUAGGUACCUGCCUUGAGAUUGGGGCAGUGCAGAUACUAAUAGUUAUUCUCUUUGCACUCUAUCUUCGUAAAGUAUCUAUUUUCGGUCAUCGAGUAUUUCUGAUUUAUGCAGUUCCACUGGGUUUAGCAAUCACUUGGGCUAUUGCCUUUCUUCUUACCGAGGCAGGUGCUUAUAACUACAAAGGUUGUGACGUUAAUGUGCCUGCUUCAAAUAUAAUAUCUGAAGCUUGCAGGAAACAUAUCCCCAAGAUGAAGCACUGUCGUGUAGAUACUUCUCACGCAUUAAAAGCUGCCCCGUGGUUUAGAUUUCCAUAUCCGUUACAGUGGGGAAUACCAAUUUUCCACUGGAAAACAGCUCUUGUAAUGUGCGUGGUGUCUAUUAUUGCAUCUGUUGAUUCGGUUGGUUCAUACCAUGCAUCAUCGUUAUUGGUGGCGUCUAAACCUCCAACUCCAGGAGUUGUCAGCCGAGCAAUAGGCCUUGAAGGAAUCUGUAGUAUGUUGGCUGGUCUAUGGGGUACAGGAACUGGCUCAACAACACUUACUGAAAAUGUGCACACCAUUGCCGUGACAAAAGUAGGAAGCAGAAGAUCAGUGGAGCUGGGGGCAUGCAUUUUAAUACUCUUGUCCCUUGUGGGUAAAGUUGGUGGUUUUAUUGCUUCAAUUCCCGAUGUCAUGGUUGCUGCUCUCCUUUGUGUCAUGUGGGCCAUGCUUGCAGCACUUGGCUUGUCAAACCUACGUUACAGUGAGGCUGGAAGCUCUAGAAAUAUUAUCAUAGUUGGUCUCUCUCUGUUUUUUUCGCUCUCUAUACCGUCCUAUUUCCAGCAAUAUGGUGUUACUCCCAAUGCCAACUCAUCAGUCCCCAGCUAUUUCCAGCCAUACACUGUGGCAUCUCAUGGACCUUUUCGAAGCAAAUAUAAUGGGCUUAACUAUGUUCUGAAUACUUUAUUAUCAUUUAACAUGGUGGUUGCAUUCCUCAUUGCUGUGAUACUCGACAACACUGUACCUGGCAACCGGCAAGAACGUGGUGUUUACGUCUGGUCCGAUCGCGACACGGCAAGGAGGGAACCUGCAGUUACCAAAGAUUAUGAGUUGCCUUUCAGAGUUGGACGAGUCUUUAGAUGGGUAAAAUGGGUUGGACUGUAAUUGUGUACAAUUAGGAGAGGGUUUUAGGCAGUUGUUCUGUUGUUGUAAUUCUUAAUUAUAGAACAAUUUGUAUAGGAUCAUUAUGUAGAAUUAAAAUCUAUCUUAAGAAAAUGCGAGGAAUUAUAUCGGUUUUUGAAUUUCUUGGUAUCUUGAUUGUCUCUCUCCUCUACACCCCACGUAUUAAACCCAUCAUUGCUUGUACUACUAA